AUGGAAAUGGAAGGGCUUGCUUUUCUGGCAGUCAUCUUCAUUCUGAUGGUGUUUCGCUUCUUUCGGGGGCGGGGUCCCGACCCAGAUGACUUCAGCUAUCACAUCUACAAAACUGAGGCCGAUGGUGCUCCUGUAGAGCAAGUGGUGCGGGUGCAAUGUCCUGGUGUUCGUCACGAAGACAUUGAGGUCAAAUUGAUUCCGAAUGGCUGUGACGUCAUCCUGCACCGCCGUGCACUACCGGGUUUGAAGGAGAUUUGCUGGAAACACCGGUUUCACUUCAGCCUUGCUGACGGUUUCUUUGAGUUCGUCGAGGAGCGGAUGCAGCUGGAGCAUGGAUUUCUCAUUCUUGUCCUGCGAGCGGUCAACCAAGAUCGGACCAUCCGCUUCGCUCAGCACUUUCAGCACUUUUGCAUGGAUGCCUUUGAUGAUGAGCUCAACUGGGACUACCCUACCAUGGAUGCAGCUGAGACCAGCGUCGGCAAAGCACCAAAAAGUGCGGACAUUUUGUCUGUGGCUGGCAGCAGCAAAAGCACAUCGCUGUCAUGA